AUGGAAUUAAUGGAGAUUUCAGAGUUUUUCAGCAGCCAACUUCCGGACGCGCAAAAAAGAAAGCAAAUCCUUUUCGCUGUCAUUCCAUCAUUGAUCUUUGUCAUUUUCAUCGUUUACAAAAUAUAUCAUAUCGAAUCUCAAGUUGAAGACUUUAAACGAAUUAUCACCGAGAAGUUUCCGCCGGAAAAAUGCGAAAAGAAUUGGAAGUUUUUCCAGGGAAAUUGUUAUUGGGUUAACAAGAAGAGAACAAAUUGGACAACAUCAGAAAAGAGUUGUGUACAGGAAAAUGCUCAUCUCGUAUCGAUUCACACGGAUGAGGAGAAUGAUUUUGUUGAGUUGAUCCUUGGCGAGGGGCAAAUCGAUGGAUGGAUUGGGUUACAGCUUCUCGACGACGAAUGGGCUUGGUCCGAUGAAAGCGAUACAAUGUACACGAAUUGGAAGGCCGGAGAACCGAACGAGAAUCAUGGGAUUGAGAAUCAUGCAGAGAUGUGGAACCCAGGCGGGCAAUGGAACAACAACAAAGAAACUCGAAAAAUCAGAUCAAUUUGCAAGAAAAAGGCGUCU